UCAAUAUAUCACCUCCAUCUCUUUCUCUCACUCAUAAUCAGAAACAUCAAACAUCAAACAUCCUCAAUGGCUGACCACCGCCAAACGCACCAGCGUCACCCCCACCAGCAGCAGUACCACCCAAAUGAAGCCUUCAAAGGCAUGCUUCCUGAAAGGGCUCCAUCAAAAUCACAAUUUCUUACACUUGUCACUCUUCUUCCGGUCGGUGGCACUCUUCUCCUCCUUUCUGGACUGACCCUGGCCGGAACACUCAUCGGCCUUGCUAUCACCACCCCGCUUUUUGUCAUCUUCAGCCCGGUUUUGGUCCCUGCAGCUCUCGUCAUUGGCUUGGCUAUCACUGGUUUCUUGACGUCAGGAGCCUUUGGAAUCACCGCUCUCUCUGCCUUAUCUUGGAUGGCCAAUUCUCUUCGGAGAAUGCGAGUUCCCGAACAGAUGGACCAUCUGAAGCGGCUCGCGCAGGAGACUGCGGGCCAAGUAGGCCCAAAAACUAGAGAAAUGGCCCAGACAGUCCAAGCCAAGGCCCAGGAAAGUGGAAGGGAAGCUAAGGAUCAUAAGGAAGGAGUGAAAACUGGAAGGGAAAGGGAUUCUAACAAGGAUAACAAGGAGUGAACACAUAAGCUUGAGGUUACAAAAUAGUGUGCAAGGCCUUGAGGGCCAGUGGGCCGCAUCGGGUCAUUGUCUUUUAAUGUUGUUUUAGAGUAUUAAGUUUGUAAUGCUAGUGUGACUUUGUGGCAAAAACUGUACUAAGGUUGCCGUUGAAUGCAACGGUGUUCUUUCUUUACUGUUUGUUUAUAUGCAUAAGUUGUUCUCUCUUUGUGUAA